UUUCAGGUCGGGCCGAGCCGCGCCGGCUCCGCGAGCGCCCGGCAGUCUGAGGGAGAGAGAAAGAGGAGGGGAGGAGGAGGAUUCAGGGAGUAGGAGCUGGGGAGCCCUUCUGCGCCACAGAACAUUUCUACUGACUUGGUGAAGAUAGAAAAACUGUCAGAAAGGCUGUAGCAGUUGUACAUCGACUUGUUUUCACCAAGAUUUUCAACGUUAACCUAAACAUAUGGGGUAGUUGAGAGUACUCAAGACCAUACAAAGAAAUAAUCUUGUGGAUAGUCAGUUUCCUGUCGUGCCACUCUUGACAUCAACUGUCAUCAACUGACAUCAACUGUAUUAAAAGGUAGCUACUUUUGGUGACACUGUCCAGUUCCCACAAUGUAUCAUUCUUUAUCUGAAACUAGACAUCCUCUGCAGCCAGAAGAACAAGAAGUAGGCAUUGACCCCCUGUCGAUUUAUUCAAACAAGUCUAGAGGAGAUUCAAAUAGAAAUGGAAGAACAAGUUCUACUUUAGACUCAGAAGGGACUUUUAAUUCAUACAGGAAAGAAUGGGAAGAACUGUUUGUAAACAACAAUUACUUGGCAACAAUAAGGCAGAAGGGGAUUAAUGGGCAGCUGAGAAGCAGCAGGUUCCGCAGCAUUUGCUGGAAGCUAUUUCUCUGUGUUCUUCCUCAAGAUAAAAAUCAGUGGAUAAGCAGAAUUAAAGAGUUAAGAUUAUGGUACAGCAACAUUAAAGAAAUACAUAUCACAAACCCCAGGAAGGUUGUUGGGCAACAAGAUUUGAUGAUCAACAAUCCCCUUUCACAGGAUGAAGGGAGUCUUUGGAACAAAUUUUUCCAAGAUAAAGAACUUCGAUCAAUGAUUGAACAAGAUGUCAAAAGAACGUUUCCUGAAAUGCAGUUUUUCCAACAGGAAAAUGUGAGAAAAAUUCUUACAGAUGUUCUUUUCUGUUAUGCUCGAGAAAAUGAGCAGUUACUUUAUAAACAGGGAAUGCAUGAGCUAUUAGCACCUAUAGUCUUCAUACUUCACUGUGACCAUCAAGCUUUUCUACAUGCCAGUGAGUCUGCACAGCCCAGUGAGGAAAUGAAAACUCUCUUGAACCCUGAAUAUCUGGAACAUGAUGCCUAUGCAAUGUUCUCACAACUUAUGGAAACUGCUGAGCCUUGGUUUUCUACUUUUGAACAUGAUAGUCAAAAGGGGAAAGAUACUCUGAUGACUCCUAUCCCUUUUGCUAGACCACAGGACUUAGGACCAACAAUUGCUAUUGUUACUAAAGUCAACCAGAUCCAGGAUCAUCUACUGAAGAAGCAUGAUAUUGAGCUCUAUAUGCACUUGAACAGACUGGAAAUUGCACCACAGAUAUACGGGUUGUAA